ACGAGUUUCUUGGUGCUAAGUGGGGACUAACUAUGGACACCCAGAAGGACAUUCAACCCCCAAAGCAGCAGCCAAUGAUAUAUAUCUGUGGAGAAUGUCACACAGAAAAUGAAAUAAAAUUCAGGGAUCCAAUCAGAUGCAGAGAAUGUGGAUACAGAAUAAUGUACAAGAAAAGGACUAAAAGAUUGGUGGUUUUUGAUGCUCGGUGAAACAUGGAAUUCAGAGGAAUAUCUUUGUAUUUGGAUUUGCUGUUAAUGUUGUGUAGCUUUUGAUUGGUGUAUUUAUCUUUAUGAAUACAACUAUAUACACAUGAUUUCAUUUAAAAAAAAAAAA